AUGACCGGCAGUUCUCUCAUUGCUCUGGGCCUGACAUGGUGGCAAGCCAUCAUCGCCAUUGUGCUCGGACAGAUUAUUGCUACCAUCUUGGUGGUGCUGAACUCGUUACCCGGCGCAUACUACUACUAUGGAUUUCAAGCCUGGAUCGGCGGCGAAUGUGUCUACAUCUGCCUCCAGGCAAUCUGGCCAAACCUCGAAGAGCGAAUACCAAAUACUCUGUCCAGCUCCAUGGGCACAACAACCGCGACAUUCGUCUCUUAUAUAAUCUUCAUGGUCAUCUCACUACCAGUGAUCUACAUUCGACCCUUCAAACUGAACUAUUUGUUCUAUGGGUCCUCCGCCAUCAUCCUAGUAUUUGAGAUAGUUCUCCUGAUCUGGUCUCUCGCAACAAUGGGCCCUGAAGGGUUUGGAUCAACCAUUUCCAACACCAGCGGUACCUCGUCAGGUUGGAACAUCGCAUUCGGGAUAAUCAGUACUAUCGGAUCUAUUGCCGCUGGAAUCUUGAACCAGAAUGACUAUGCACGUUUUGCACGCAAGCCAAGAGAUGCCGUUUGGGGGCAAGUGAUUAGUUUUCCUUUCUAUGCAAUUGUGUGUUGCGUGAUUGGGAUUUUGGUCACUGCUGCUACACAGGAACGAUAUGGUGAGGCCAAAUGGAACCUGCCGACACUUUUCAGUGCGAUCAUUGAGCAUGGUGGAUCGAGAUCUAGAGCUGCGGCUUUCUUUGGUGGUGCUGCUUUGGUCAUCUCGCAGAUUGGUGUCAAUGUACCCGGUAACGCUUUGGCUGGAGGUAUGCGUAUACGUUCUUGUCUUCUCUUUUCUUUAUUGACGUUUAUACUAGGCUUCGACUUGGCAGCCACUUUCCCACGAUACAUCAACAUUCGUCGCGGUGCUUACAUUACAGCGGCUAUCUCCGUCGCAUGUAAUCCGUGGAAGCUAGUCAAUACGGCCACAACAUUUCUUGCUGUUCUGAGCAGCUAUUCGGUAUUUUUGGGGCCUAUGACUGGCCUUAUGAUCUCAUCAUACUUCGUUAUCAACCGCUGCAAGAUCAAAGUGGACGAUCUUUUUAUCGGAGACAGCUCCAGUAUCUACUGGUAUACGUACGGUUUGAAUUGGCGCGCUAUUGUCGCAUGGAUUUGCGGAACUGUGCCAUCUUUACCUGGCUUCGUUGCCUAUGUUAGCUCCGGUGUCACUGUUCCUAUCGGCCUAACACAUCUGUACUACAUCUGCUUCUUGUCUGGUCUAGUUAUCAGUGCCUUUGUUUACUGCGGGCUUCAUUACCUCUUCCCCGUGGCUGCGAUUAAAGACUUCAUGGAGAAUUCGCCUUCUGCCAAGGUGUUAAUGCGCGAAUACCAGGAGCGCUGGGAUCGUGGUGAUGAGGUAGAGACUGUCGUGGAGACGCCCAAGCUCUAA